AUGCCCGAGAACGGCUCCUCCGCCAACUGCUGCGCGGCGGGCGAGCUGGCCGUGCGCCCCGGCUGGCCGGGGACCGCGCGUCCUCCCUGGGAGGCGCCCGCGCUGUCCACCGUGCUCAUCGUCACCACCGCGGUGGACGUCGUGGGCAACCUCCUGGUCAUCCUCUCCGUGCUCAGGAACCGCAAGCUCCGGAACGCAGGUAAUUUGUUCUUGGUGAGCCUGGCCUCGGCUGACCUGGUUGUGGCCUUGUACCCGUACCCGCUGAUCCUCGUGGCCAUCUUCCAUGAUGGCUGGGUCCUGGGGGAGGUGCACUGCAAGGCUAGUGGCUUCGUGAUGGGCCUGAGUGUCAUCGGCUCUGUCUUCAACAUCACUGCCAUUGCCAUUAACCGCUACUGCUACAUCUGCCACAGCAUGGCCUACCACCGGAUCUAUCAACACUGGCACACCCCCUUCUACAUCUGCCUCAUCUGGUUCCUCACCGUGGCGGCCGUGGUGCCCAACUUUCUCAUAGGGUCCCUGGAGUACGACCCACGCAUCUACUCCUGCACCUUCAUCCAGACGGUCAGCGCCCAGUACACGGUGGCGGUGGUAGUCAUUCACUUCCUCCUCCCCAUCACUGUCGUGUCCUUCUGCUACCUGCGCAUCUGGGUGCUCGUAUUCCAGUCCCGCAGGAAGGCCAAGUCGGAGACCAAGCUGCACCUGAGGCCCAGCGAUGUCCGGAGCUUCCUGACCAUGUUCUUGGUGUUUGUGAUCUUUGCUAUCUGCUGGGCCCCGCUGAACUGCAUUGGCCUUGCUGUGGCCAUCAACCCAGAAGAAAUAGCUCCCCAGAUCCCAGAUGGGCUCUUUGUCACUAGCUACUUCCUGGCUUAUUUCAACAGCUGCCUUAAUGCCAUAGUCUACGGGCUCCUGAACCAGAACUUCCGCAGGGAAUACAAGAAGAUUAUCUCUGCCCUCUGGAACCCUGGGCGCUGCUUUUGGACUGCUUCUAAUGGCAGCCAGCCCUCAGGACCUCAGAGCCAAACUCCACCUGUUGUUAAUGCCCAGCAUCCUGUCCAGGUAGACACUCUAUAG